CCACAGGCUCGAACCCAUCGAUGAGCUUUGUAUUAUGGACGAGUAUGGCGUUGGCUGCGGUCCUUUUACCAGCCACUCUGACCGCAUAGGUAUAGAAGUCGUCCAGGCGUCUUGCCGUGAUGACGAUGUCAAUAUCCGGGAGAUUGAGUCUUGGGACGGAGAGCCUCGAUGGCCCCGAGGGGUAAGCUUCCACUAGUACUUUCCCACCUCGAAACGAUGACUAGAUUCCAAGGCGGCUCCUUCUCCCCCAAGUGUCGGUGCUGUCUGGUAUUCGGCAGGAACAAGGCGGUGUCCGCCAUUCUGGUGACGACCCUAGACGUAGACUCUAGUAUGACGCUAUAUCUCGGGCGUUAUGUUUUUUGUGACCGGAGCCCGGCACGGGAAGUCGAUAAACGCUUGCUUUGAGAUGCCUUUCAAUUGUCAAUGUCGACCUAUCAGUUUAUUAUCAGUCAUCCGUGAUCAUCAGUUCAAGUAUUCUGAAAGAGGUGGCCGAAGAGACACGUCGAUGUAGGCAGGUGCCGAUUCCGACCUGCCGCGAAGGGACAUCUCAGUCAAAUGGCGUACUUCUGGCCGAAGUGCUCAUGAAGCGGUUUGGGGCCAAUAGUGGGAAUGUAUCAUUGG